AUGAAGGGCCAGCCCACAACAGGUUAUGCCUACUGCCCGAUCGACAAGUUUGUCCCGUUGUUUCCCUCCGGUCAGAACACGCUUGUCGCGCCCUCCAACCCGAAGUUCCUCGGUCUCGCGUUUGGCACACAGAAUUACACCUGCUCAAGCUCGAACAACUACACGAGCACCGGCGCCGUUGCAGAACUCAUUGAUGCAUCCUGCCUGGCUUUUGUGCCGGAGUUUUCGACGAUACAAGAAGACAUGUACAAUGUCUGGACGACCCUCAUCCCGCAGCCAAUCCAGUCGAUCAUCGAUCUCCUCCACUUUCUUAACCCUCCUACGAUUCUCGCCCAACACUUCUUCCAGACGAACCCCGUCACUGGCCAAGGCGUGAGUCCCGUCUGGGACUUCCGCUCGAAUCCGCGCUUCAAGGGUAACAACGACGUGUUUGUCUUGGCCAAGGGUAAGGGAUCUAUCCCUGCGCCUACGGACCCCAAGAAGGAUGUCGCUUGGUUGGACGUCGUGAACGUCCAGGGCAAGAUCGCUGACGAGGUCUUCCGCUUUGAUACUGUCGGUGGUCAGCCACCUGCUACGUGCAAGUACGGGUAUGACAAGGAUAUCUCUGUCAAGUAUGUCUCGAAGUACAUCUUCUACGGCGGUUCGAUCAACUACUCUUGA